AAAAUAAUACUAAAAUAAAAAAAUACGCAGCCCCCAAAUCAAAUGCCAAGGCUCGAAAACACCUCCGGCGACCUCCACGGCGGAGAUUCCUCCGGAAGCAGGUGGCUCCUCUCCCCCAGCCGCGACUGGCCGGCGCUGCUCUGCGAGGCCUGCGAGCGCACCCCCGCCGCCUUCCUCUGCAAGGCCGACGCCGCCUCACUGUGCGCCGCCUGCGACGCCGAGAUCCACUCCGUCAACCCCCUCGCCCGCCGCCACCACCGUGUCCCGAUAUCCCCUCCGGCGGAGGAGGAUGACGAGGUGGCGUCGUGGCUGCUCCUGAACCCGCUCAAGGGCGGCGGCGACUCGGCGGCGUUUUGCGGGGUGGCGGUGGACGAUUAUUUUGACCUGGGCGACUUUGGAUCGUGCCACGUGGCCGGUGAUGGCAAGUUCAACGACAGCGGCCAGCAGGGAUACGCCAACGGCGGCGCAGUUCAGGAUAAGGGCGGCUUUGGCGGCGGUGAUAGGGUGGUGCCUAUACAGUUAGGGUUAGAUUUUGAGUCUUCAAACGUGGGAUAUAGUUAUCAGGCCACAAUACCGCAUACCUUGGAUGUGGGUGCAGUUCCCGAAUCAACGAUGAGCGGGCCGCCGAAUAGGGCCAUCGACCUAUUCACGGGCCCAAUUAUGCAAAUUCCGGCCCAACUCAGCCCAAUGGACCGUGAGGCCAGGGUGUUGAGGUACAGAGAGAAGAAAAAGACGAGGAAGUUUGAGAAAACGAUUAGGUACGCAUCGAGAAAGGCGUAUGCGGAAACUAGGCCACGGAUCAAAGGCCGGUUUGCAAAGAGAACGGAAAGUGUUGAAGUCGAAGUUGAUCAGAUGUUUUGUUCAUCUGUAAUUGGGGAAGUUGGAUAUGGCAUUGUGCCUUCAUUUUAAGUGCGUGGUUUUGUUACAUUUUCCCUUUUUUAUUUUUCAGGGGAAGAAAAAAGACAAUAAAGGGGAUGAAUCUUUUGUCUGUAAUGUAAAUAAUUUGUGAUGUUAAACGAAACGAGUCUGAUUCAGUUCGACUUGAGCUCGGCUAAAUAAAGCUCGAGUUCAGCUCAUUUAUUUGGUUAACAAAUCGAGCUCGAUUUGGUUCGAUAAGAUUCGUUAAGGCUUCAAAAUAGAAUUUUUAUAUAAUUUUCUACAAUUCAGCUUUUGAAAGCUCGAGAUCAGCUCGUUAGUAGUGAUAAACGAGCUGAAUUCAAGCUCAAUUUCAUGCUCGUUUAUUUAACAGCUCGACUCAUUUACAGGAAUCUUUUGCUGUGUUAGAUGUAAAUUAUUGGUGUUUGUACAUAAGGGAUUAGUAAAAUGGUUGGGUUGUAUAUACACGGUAAAGGGAA